AUGCUGAUACUCGUCAUCAGAUUGCUUUUGCUCGGCCUACUCGCCAUCCCUGGUGCCCUCACCAAGUUCCACUCAGAGGCUCCGAGCGACCAAAACCAUCUGGUCGACUGUAAGUUCUCAUCCCCUCACGGCUCGCAGUACGACUUCAACAACCUGCUCGACACCAAUUCGUGGCCGUUAAAUCUCACCACAACUAGUCCCACUCCACCGUCAACCACCACCGAGACGAUCUUGAUCUCGCUAUGCAAGAAAUUACCUUCGUCCGAUCCCGCUCAAUCUUGUCCAGACGGCACGCUGGUCUGCAUGCUGAUCUAUAACGAAAUCGGGACGGAUAGAAGGCUUGAAAAAAUCAUUCCAAUCGGUACCGACAAAUCGCCCGCCACUGUGGUAAUCAACAAGACUGAAAACAAAGAAUCUGUGCAGUUAGUGAUGCGUGGAGCUAUGCACAACAAUGUGCAACAAACCGCGAUCUUCAACUUGAUCUGCUCAGAUCAAGAUCGGAAAGCCGUCCCUUCAAAACCUACAACAACGGUCUACGAUUCAAUCCAAGGAACCUUGAAUCUCACGUGGCCGACCCCGGCUGGAUGCGCUACUUCAUCUAGUCGCAAGGACUCGUCUAGCCCUGACACAUCUUCCAACCCGUUCAAAACGUUUAUCAUGAUCGUUCUUUUAAUCUUCUUUGUUUACCUUAUCUCAGGAAUUUGGUAUAACUAUAACACGUAUGGUCUGACGGGUCUAGAUGCCCUACCGCACAAGACUUUCUGGGAAGAGUUGCCGAGGAUGUUAGUUGAUUUAACCAGAUCUGCUAGUCUUUUCGGAUCAAGAAGGGCAUCGGGAAGAGCUGAGUACACAACUCUCUGA